AUGGGUUAUUCAGGCAACCCGGGAACUGGUCCCGUAGACCAUGGUGAUGCGAUUUAUGCCAUAGUGGCAUUUGUGGCACUGGCCCUUUAUAAUGCCAUUGAGCUCAACGUCAUCGUCUUUUCCUCGUUUCGACGAUUCAGGGGUCUUUACUUCUGGAGCUUUCUGGCCGCCACUAAUGGUAUUAUACCACACUCGAUCGGUUUCCUCGUGAAAAAUGUCAUCGGGUCGCACAAUUAUGGCAUAUACAUUACCCUCGUCGCCAUCGGCUGGGUACCAAUGGUUACCGGUCAAUCAUUGGUCCUUUACUCUCGACUUCAUUUAAUAUUCUGGAACCAACUCUAUCUUCGGCUGGUCCUUGGCAUGAUUAUCGUCAAUGCCUUUAUCCUCCAUACACCCAUUAUUAUUCUGAUGUACGGGUCAAACAGGUCGCCCAAUAACUCGUGGGUGCAUCCCUACCUCAUUUACGAAAAGAUCCAAGUCACCGUGUUCUUCCUACAAGAACUCAUAAUAUCGGCGAUAUAUAUCAAAUGUUGCUUUUCAUUUUUCGAUGUUCAAGACAGCUUAUAUGGGGACGGGGUGCGCAGGAUGCGCCGCCACUUGUUGUGGGUCAAUAUUCUCGUUAUUCUUCUUGAUAUCCCCAUUCUGUGUCUGGAGUACGCGGAUUACUACGACAUGCAAACGGCAUACAAGGCAUUCGUGUAUAGCGUCAAGUUGAAGUUGGAGUUUAGGAUAUUGAAUAGGUUGGUGGAAAUGACAAACGAGAGGAACAGCGUGGAUCCGUUCCGGGAUAGCUCGAGCUUGCAGAUUGAGCAUGUAUCCUCGGCGUCUACGGCGUGUCAAUCCCGAGGUGGCAAUGUAUGA